AUGCAAGAACUAUCAGUAGUUAUACAACACUAUAUCUUAUCAAAAUACAAUACAUGGAUGGAAUGUAUCAAUCAGUCAAAGUCAAUCUAUCACGUUGUAGACAAGAAUACUUACAACAGCGAGCCUAUAAAUCAACAUUUACCACUCUCAUUGGCUCAUGUAAAGACAUGCAUUAUCGAUUUUCAUAUAAGAAAAGGUGAAUUAAAGUAUAUCAAUCAAGAUAUACUAUCGAUGAUAGAUAAAAUGACAUCAUUGGAAAGAGUUGUAUUUAGAUUGUCAAUUUCAAAUUAUAAAACAAAAGACUUUGAAAAUAGAUUAAUUGAUUUGGUAGAAUCAAUAGAGUGGCAAUAUAUUAAUCAUAAUCAUCGUCUUGAUCAGAUCAAGAUACAAGCAAAGAUAGAGUUGGAAAUAUAUAAUUUACCGGACCUAGGUGUUUUUGAUAUUGAAAUUUGGUACGCUCCUAAACCAGAUUUUAAAUCAUUUGAACCUUCUCUUAUCGAUACCAACGACCCUGCUACAGUUCCUUUGAUUCAAGAAUUGACACACCAUUUUCAAAACAACAAAACACUAACUUCACUAACCAUUUGUGAUAGUUACGAGUCUGAUGAAAUUCCAAUACAAAUGGUCAGAAACCAAUUGGCAAAAAGAUCAAGUCAAAUGGUAAUGGAUUUGUAUCGUCAAUUUGUAAAUCACUCAACCAACAAAACACUCAGAUGGUUGGAUAUUGGCUUAUCAUCAAGUCAACAAGAUUUCAUUGACCAAUUCAAACAAAUACCAAAUAGAAAUUGUUUAAUUGUAGUUUAUGAUAAAGAUGGAUUAAAAAAUUCACAUGGUUAUAUAGAUAGAGAUUUACAUUCCUACAAAGACCCAUUCAUUGUUAUUUAA